GAAAGCACGUGCGCGACGAAGAAAUUAGUAGCAAAACAAAUCAAGGAAAAAACUCCCGUAAACAAUUUCGGUUCGAUAUCUUAAUAAUUCUUAUUUAAACAUUUAAUAAAUAUUACUAUUAGAAUCAACAAAUCAUGUCCAAAUCGCUAGUAAAGAAAGCACUGGCUUUAGUAGAGGAAGGACUUACAGAUUCAAAGAAAUCAGAAUCAACCAAAGACAAAAAACGCAAACCCGACAAUUCCGAUAUUAUGCCCCGGCACCAUAAAAUGGUGCGCUACGUGGGUAAGAGAGGACACAAAAAAGCCACAGAUGUGCUUCGUCGUCCGGAGACGCUAACCGUCGUGGAAGCUCGCAAGCGGAUAAACAAUCGCAAGGAUAAUACCGAGGAUAAUGUGCGAAAGUUGCUCUUGUUGAGUUCUGCAAAAAUCGGCGAAGAAGCUGGCGCCAAAUUGGUCAAGCGCGCUCAAACUGGACGGUAUGUGGUCAAGGCGGACGAAUUUCUGAGCAAAAAGGAUACCUCCAAGAGUGUGUUCGAUGAGGAAGAUUUCAGAAAGUUUGAAGAAGAGUUGUUUUGCACUAUAUCUAAAAAAUAAAGCAAAUUUUUAAAGCGUUGACCGACCCAUGCAAAAUCAGUGUAUUUAAGAUAAAAAUAGUUUCAAUCAAAUCAUUUUACGUAAUUCUACUCAUAGAACAAGCUCUAAUGCUUUAAUAAAAAAGUAUUAUAUUUUGAGAAGAUACAUGA